AAUGUGUUCAAGAGGCAUAUUUUAAUUAAAAUUCCUUCAAAUAUUUUAUUGUGAUUAUGGAGGAAGCUCUGCAAAAAUAAGACUUUUCUUGCCAACUUUGAUUGAGCAUCCUUUAUUGAAUUAACCUAAAAUAAACCUUCAAAUGUAUAUGAAGAGAAACUCUCAUCCUUAUUUAAAUGGAAUAUAUGUAAAUGGAUAUUAGAAAUAAAUAUCAUUAAAAGAUUUAGAAGAUGAUCAAUAAAUAUUAGAUAGAAUUGCUUUAUUGAGAAAUUCAUGUAUAAAUUUUAAAAGAAUAUAAAAUAGUUGGCUCAUAAAGUUUAAGACAUGCUGGAAGAAAAGUGACAACACUAACGCCAUCAAUAUAAGGUGGUUGGAAUGAGAAUUUAUUUAAGACUAAUAUUUAUCCAAGACAUUAAAUGGAAAUAGCUAGGACAUAUCCAGCUGUUGAAGCUCCAGAUGCUAGAAUUAUUCCAAGGGAUAAACCAAUAGAUGUUUAUAAGAAAUAAGCUGAUCCAUAUUAAUUAAUCUAAAAGCCAAGAUUAGGAGUUAAGAAAGCAUCAAAUAUUUGAUAAUAAUAUU